UUCGGUUAUAAAACGGUCUGCCAUUGUUGAGACGCAUUAACCAUCUCUCUUGCCUCUUCUCUCGCUCAACGUAGCCUUUAAACUCUCCUCCAUCUUCUCCCUCUUUCCAUCUCUCUCUCUCUCUCUCGCGAUUUCCUUUCUCUUUCUCUCUGAGAAUCGGUCCAGAGAGAAAGAGAAAGACGGCAUUUCAGGCUCAACCAAGACAGAGAAAGAGAUCAAAGAAUUAAUUGAUUCAACAUAACAAUAUCGAUGGCGGUUUCAAGGGUUUCUUUUGAGGUUUUCGCCAUCAUCGCCAUCGUUUACUCCGUCUUCUUCCCUUUGGUUCACGGACAAUCCAUGGCAGCUCCUGCUCCUGCACCCGCAAACGACGGCACAACAAUAGAUCAAGGGAUAGCUUAUAUCCUAAUGUUGGUGGCUUUGGCGCUCACGUAUCUCAUCCAUUAACAUUCAACAGCACAAGACACAAAAACCCACCCAGUUCAUGUCUCAAUUGUUAAUCGUGGUAAUUAGGGGAAGCGAAAAAGGUUCUUCUGUAACUUAAGGGGGAAGGAAGAGGAGGAGGAGUGAUGAACUCGUUGUUGUUGAAAUGGAGGAGAUGAUAUUUUCAUUGAAUUGUAUUUUGAUUUUAUUCUCCAUUUUUUUCAAUCUCUAUUUCGGUUUUUGGUUUGUGGGUAUCA